AUGCGGCUCACAGCGGAGCUCGUCAACAACUCCCUCUCCUACAACAACCCACUCAACGAGCGCGAACUCGAUCUACGAGGCCACAAGAUCCCCAGCAUCGAGAACUUGGGCGUCGCGAAAGACCAAGAAUGCAUCGACUUCACCGACAAUGCCAUCACGAUCCUCAACAACUUCCCGCUCUCACCACGACUGCAAUCGCUGCUGUGCGCUGAGAACCGGAUAUCGAGUAUCUCCGAGUCCAUGCCGAAGCAAGUCCCGAAUCUGCACACCCUCGUACUCAGCCAGAACAACCUGAGCGAACUCACCGACCUCGACCCUCUGCAGGGGUUCUCCAAGUUGACGUACCUCAGCUUGGUCGGCAAUCCAGUGGCGAGCAAAGAGAACUACCGGUACUGGGUUGUCUGGCGGUGCGAAAAGGUACGAUUCCUCGACUUCCAGAAGGUUAAAGACGCGGAGCGGACGAAAGCGAAGGAGUUGUUUGGUACAAAGGAGGAGCCGACGGAGCUGGCACAGAGCAUCAUCAAGACGCGGUCGAACCGAGGAUUUGGUGCUGGUGUGCCCAGCGUCAAUGGCGCUGCGAAGGGAGGGAAACUCAAGACGACGGAAGCAGAGAAGAAGAGGUUUCAGGUUUUGGUGCAGAAUGCGAAGACGUUGGCGGAGGUGCAAAAGCUGGAGAAGAUGUUCAACGAGGGCAGACUUCCUGCAGGCGUCAUGGACGGCGACACCAUGGACGAAACCUGA